GCUUUUUUCAAGGCCGCAAAAAUGUCGCACGCGCCUCCAAAUCUCUAUGGAAACAUGACAAAUGCGGCCGACACAUAUUAUGGCGCUUUGUUUUCGCACCUUUCUUACGGAAUGGGAGAGAACGGUGCUUCCACAGCGACAAUAAAUCCGGACUCAACAGCCGUAGCGGCCGCAAUGGCUGCUGUCAGCGGAAUCAACACCGAUUGGGCCUCGAUGAGUCCUACAGGCUAUCCGCAAAACUCAGGCCCGUUACUCGGACCGCCACAUCAGGCGGGUACUUUGCAUGAGUUCCCUACACCUUGCACUCCCGACGCCUCAUCCACAUCCUCUCCUUAUGCCGCAACGCUUCUGGCCGCUGUUGCUGCAGCAGCUGCAGCUGCCUACCCAAUGCAUCCCCAACAAAUCACACCGGUCCAGCCAUCAAAUACCGUCUCUGCCGGACGACCCUACAUGUCAAACACAGGCCAAUCAGAUUAUACUUCCAUGUACUACCGACCCCCCAGACAACCCAGUGGCAAUGCCAUGCGUGCACCAUUGAACACUGGUCUAUAUACAAACGAUGGACAUUUUUCGACAACAGCCGCGGCCAUUUCUGCAUGGCCUUAUUCUGUUCGGACUCAGUACAACACUGCCACUUCCGCUCCAGGUGGUGGUUUGGUCCAUUUGGUCGACGGGUGGCCAGCAUCUGCUAUUGCUCAUGAUGCUAAGCCACCUGAUUCGAGCGCUUUGCAAAUGAAUCCCGGUCAUUACAUACAAGCGUCACCCGAUGAUGGUUUGAGAGCGCAGAAGACCUCGCACGUUGCCUAUUAUGCCCCUCCUCAUGUGCGCGAGUCAAUGAUGGCCAAUUAUGGUGGUGUAGUUAGUGGUGACCAAGUGGUAUCCCAAUCUUACCCCGUACCACAGAUGAAUGAGUUGACCGAGAACACUCACUUCCUCGCCCCUAUUUCCACGAUACACCAAGUCAAUGGAAGUAUGACGAAUGGUCAGCCAACUUCGGCGGACUCGUACGUCCCCCUACGGCGAAACAACAAACAUGAAUCUUUGUCCGCGCACCAGGGAAUUCACCCACAUCCGGAACAGCAACGCUUGAUGGACGAGUUUAACCGUUUAACAGUAGAAGAAUAUCAAAAUGCGGAUGUGACACACGCACUCCAGCCCAGUGCUUCUGCUCAAACCGACAUGGCCUACAGGCAGCGUGCGGUGACCUCUCAGUGGGGUUAUGCACCAGAUAAUACCAUACUUACUACGGAAACUAUGGAUAGUCGCACUGGGGGCCUCAUACGGUCGAACGUUGCCUCACAUUCUGCUGUUUCAACUAACCACCUUCAUGUCACUUCUGGUUGUGCUAAACCCCAGUCAUCACCAGCCCCUUUGAGUGAUGGUCCGCGUAUGAAAACUUGGGCCAACAUUGCUGGGCAGCCUCCCCGGGGUUCUGCGGCUGUCUUAAUUGGUUCGACUACAGGUUGGUCUGCGAAACGAAUGCCAGGUCAAGUGCUCAAUCCCAACAACCACCGCACUGCAGUUCCCCACGGAACUGUGACCAUUGCCAGCGCAACGGGUGGCAAAUCAACACACGCGUCCACGGCCAGCAAUGGGAUUGAAAAGUCGACAAGUCAUCCGCACCCAUCUUACCGUUCGGCGGACAGUGGUGGUGUCAUUGAGGAUCCUUCUGGUGUUGCUGUCUCCUCGGGCAAGAACGACACCCUGGGUUACAACGAGUCCAUGCAAGCAUUACGGCGAGAAUCGGAAGCAUUGUACCAGCGGUUGGCAAAAUCGAUCAAUCCGACAACUUUUGAUACGAAUAUCGAGAAGGCUCGAUUCUUUGUCAUUAAAUCGUUUUCCGAGGAUGACAUCCACCGUUCCAUCAAGUACGCCGUGUGGUGUUCAACCGAAUUAGGAAACAAAAAGCUGGACGCAGCUUUCGUGGCCGCUAACAACCAGUUCCCCAUUUAUUUGUUUUUCUCCGUCAACGGAUCUGGCCAUUUUUGUGGGAUGGCCGAAAUGACCUCACGUGUGGACUACGACACCCGCGUGCGUGUUUGGGCACAAGACAAGUGGCAAGGUGCCUUCUCUGUGCGAUGGAUUUUUGUCAAGGAUGUCCCUAACACUGCACUUCGUCACAUUCGAGUGGAAACCAAUGAGAACAAACCGGUGACUCACUCUCGGGACACUACGGAGCUACCAUUAGAACGUGGCCGACAGGUGGCAGAAGUGUUUGCGAACUACUCUCACACCCUAUCCAUUUUUGAUGAUUUCUUAUUCUAUGAACAGCGAGAGCGACAAGACGGCUUCAGGCGAAAAGAUACUGGCAAUAGACGUGGUUGAGGAGUUCAACGAGAUAUCCUUCUCGGUUCUUCAUAUGGACGCAAUUUGGCCGCUCGAAAACGAAUGAUCCACCUUUUUUAUCAAUCUUCACUGAUUCGUGCACCCUAUCCCGUGACUUGUUUUCGUUCGAAUUGAAAUUGUCGGUUACCGAGGUGGUGGAAUGGUUUGGGCCACAGUUGUGUAUCGUCCUGAUCGUGUUAAUGCCUGUGCUAUUUGUGUAGUGCACACAUAUUACCCUCACACCCGUGUCCACGGCGCGACCCAUUUCUCUUGCUAGUCUUGUUGCUCGCUUCUUUCCCCCCACCCCUAACAUGCUCCUCCUAUCCUUUAGCACGCUUCUGGAUACGAUGUGCUCCGCCGCACUGGCUCGCGGUGUCACAUUGUCGUACGGAAACCACACCGCUUUUCUCUUCAUGCUCUGAUUUUUACCCAUCAUCCCCGCCCCCUCACUCUACUCUAUGGCGAAUCUGUUAAUCCGCAGCAGUAACCGAACAAACUGCCACGUGACUAUUUAUGCUCAUCUUUGAUGUCAUCAGUGUAGCUGUAUCUUGGGUUUUCCAGAUUGAACGUUUUCUCUUUCGCACGACUUCAGUGCACAUAGCCUUGCAGCGUUCUCUUUUUUUAGUGUAAAUUAAACCAUGCUGGUCUGCUUGUGGCAUACCCCGUCCUCAUCAUUAUCACUGUUCCUACCUAUACUGCACCUAAAGUUCUUGCUCAGUUUUCCUAGGUCGAACGCGUUCCUCCUGCCUAUUUGUAGUACACUGUAUCCGUUUAUCCCACUGCGCCUAACUGAUUUUCCCUCACCUUUAAAUGACUUCGACAGAUGGUGUUCCUUUAGUCCGUUCUGGACCUGGGUCCUUAAAAUAAUUUUUAUUCAAUAAUGUAGAUCGUGGUGAUAUAUAUCACACGCUUGAAUUCUGUUCAGCGUUUAUGGCUCAUUCGUACCUAUCGUUAUUGUGCUGUUUGCUGCCUUCCGCGGUGCCUUUUGUUCCGUUGGCUAUUUAAAAUAAUAGUGACUACUCAAAUGUUAGCAAAUAGUAUAUUUGGCACCGUUUUGAAUUUUCGGGUAAGUUGGCAUCCUAGUUUACACCGCGAGACACAACAUAUAACUGGCCCUGAGAGCAGUACCGUUCCAUCCUAACUUCCUCGGUUUGUAAGCCCUCGUAUCCUAGGACUGAUUAUGAGUUUGCCGCUUAUAGAUGUUUCCUCUCAUCUAUUCGCGUCCUUGGAUACUUGCAAACUUCCCUGCUUAAAUGAUGUAUGCUUUGUUGAGGCUGACAGCUUAGUGUGCACAUGAUACGUGCUUUACUGGUCAUCCAGAACAUUUCGUCAGAUCGAAAUCUUCAUCUGCCGUCUGACUUAUGUUCCUUCAGUCGUUUUUGAUCCGAACAGUAACAUAACUGGAGCUGAGAUGAAACAACACAGUUACAGAAACACGUCCAUCUGGAAAGAGAAAAUGAACGAUGAAAAAGUUGUCGAAUGGAAACGCCUAUGUCAGGAAUCCAUAGAUCGUGAGCCGCAGCACCACUCUCUUCAGGACGGAGCCCAAUGAUUUGUCCUGAGGCCUCCAUUUAAUUGCGCGCUCAUUAUAGUCGACCCACUUCUCAGUUUGUUUUUCCCAUACAUUUUCCCAUUUCACUUUUUGGCCUCUGAGAUUUCGCGCUAACAUUCGAAGUAUAGUCACUAGCUCAUAAUUUGGUAUGCGAUUAGUAGCCACAUUAUACACGUUAGCUAGAGGUGGGAAACACCUCAGCUACUGUGCCGCAAUGCAUAAAAGCAAAAGGGGGAAAUGCAACAGGUGGCGAUUAAUAGCCACACAACAUGCAUGGCCAAGCUUACGGAGACAGUUUUGCUCCGACAUCGGAGUUUCUGUUGCUAAAUUCUGACCAACGAACAUCACUAUUAGUCACUGUGUGACACCCCGUACAUGAGCAAUUUUACCCAGACGCCAGUGGUUAAAGACGAGUUAUCCGCUUGCCUGUGGUCGGAAGGAUUACACACUUAACUUGUAAUAUGGGGAGAUCGCCGGUUCGAAUCCGCGUGUAGAUGCGGGUGACCUCAUGGUAGACCCAACCCGUGCGUGACCGGUGGUGGUUGUGUGGCAGUGAAGCGUCGGUACGCGGUUUGCUGGUAUACUGUGGAUGCCUCUCUUCCUUUUUUCAAUACCCAGUGGCCAUUUUUGUAGAUUUGUGAAGCAAUACCGAAUAAACUGCAAUUUUUCACACCUG